AUGCAAUCAGAACGACCAAGUCUAAAAGAGAAGAACUACUCGUCAAUAUCUAUGAGGCGGAAGGGAUCUAGCAUAACACCAGGCGGGGUGAGACCUAUGAACACCUUAACCAUUCCCAAACGAAGCCCAUCAGACAAUAACCACAGCGAAGCAUUAGAACAACACCAACAUCGACUGUCAGCGUCAGAAAAGUAUACGAAUCUGCCCCCUACUAAGAGUACGCAUGAGCUGAUUGUAGAAAAGAGCAAGCAGAUACGCGAAAGAUUAGCUGGAUUAAACGAUGGACACAAAUAUACCAAACCCCAAACUUUACCGCCGAUCCAACCAUCAUACUCGCAUGAAGUCAAGGAUUGCUGUGAUAUCGGUGUCAACAUAAAAUUCAAUAACUUGCUUGAACCACCGUUGGUGAUUCUACAACUAAAAUCAUUCCUGUUCAAUGGAAACAGAGUUAAGAAUAACGGCAAGAGUAACUAUGUAUUACUGGUUUCCUCCAACAACAAGUUCCUAUUUAUAACCAAAGACGGUAAGAUUCUUGAUAAGUAUCUUAUUCAUAGACAAACUCAACUUAAAUCUCUUGCAUUUUCUGACGAUUCGGUGCUAAUAGAAUUACAAAACCAAAAGGGAUUAAUAGUGGCCACCCAUUAUGGACAAGACCAACACUUGCGAGAAUACUUCAAUAACCAUCAUGAAUGGAAUGUGGAUGCCACCAAAACAAUCAAGGAUAUAGAAUUGGUCCUAUCACGAGUAAAGCGAGCGGAGCAGGUUCACCCCGUAGCAUCGACAUCCCCACCACCUAAAUCUUCCAUAUUUGAUCCAUUAAAGAAUAUGAAAACAACAACACCAACACGUAUAACCCGAUCCAAUGCCCGACAACAAAUGGGUGGAGAAACGGAAGCUUCUCCUAUAUCUAUAGAUCAGGAUGAUUCUGUCCCACUGACCACAGGAGGAUUGUGGGAAGAUGACAUAUUUCAAGACGAUGAUUUCCGAGAACAUGAAACACCAGCACCAUUUGUACCAGAUUUGAAAUAUCAGUUCCCCGGAAAUAAAGUAUUCACGAUCACAGCAACUGAUUUUAAAACAUUGUAUAAUAAUGAUUGGAUUAAUGACACCGUGAUUGAUUUCUUUAUCCAAUAUGAAAUUGACCAAGCACUAAAAGCAAACCCCAAACUAGAUUCUAAUGAUAUUUACGCAUUCAAUUCAUUCUUUUUCACAAAACUUACCCAUAAGACAACACCACAAGAAGCACCCGAUUAUUAUGCCAACAUUAAGAGAUGGCUUCUGAAGAUCCAGUUAAUGGAAUAUCCCUAUGUUAUUAUGCCUAUAAAUGAACACGCCCAUUGGUAUGGAUGUAUAAUUAGAGGAUUACCCGAUUUGUUGAAAGUAGCCAAAGAGGAAGCCGAAGCCACGACUGGUGGAGGCCAUCACCCUGACCAAGAUCAUAAGCCGAGGAAAUAUGUUUGUGAAAUAUUUAUAUUUGAUUCUUUAUCUCACAAACAUGCUAAUAUUAAACUUCCAUUGAAAAGAUUCAUUAUUGAUUAUUGCAAAGAUAUUUAUAAUCUCAAUAUUCUCAAGAAUCAAAUUAGGGUGGUAAAUGCUCGUGUUCCUAAGCAGAACAAUUUCAAUGAUUGUGGUAUUCAUGUCAUUUAUAAUAUACGAAAAUGGAUUAAUAAUAUUCAGGAGUGCGAGAAGAUUUGGCGAACUUCGCAUUCCAGUACGCAAAUCCAGGUUUCCAAAACAUUGUUUUUAGCCGAAGAGCGAAAUGGAAUGAGGAAACAGUUGAUUAAUAUAUUGUUAGAUUUGCAUGCAAAACAAGAACAACAUACCGAAAUUCCAAAGCUCCAGGAGGAUGAAGAUGAUGUGAUUUUCAUUGAACAUAGAUCUACCAAACCAGAAGAAAAACCUGUUGAACAUCAAACUGUAACUACUAAUUAUCCUAAAACUCUUGACCCAAGAGUGCAAGAAAAGCCCAACCGGCCCAAUCGGCCAAAUUUUCACAACCUGGAAUUAAAUGUACGAUUUGGUGAAAGGCAGGUUCUCAACAUUGGUGUAACAAUGUUAAAUGAAUUAUUUCCGGAUCAAUUUGCAGCAUUACCUAUAACUAUCAUUGAGAAUGUUCAGUUGUUUCUA